AUGUCCUCUCUGCGACCUCUCUGCUUGCUGGUCUCCCUCGACAGUCUGCGGCUGCCCCUGCCCGUCUCUGCCGCGUUCCUGCACUGCGAUCGAGGUGAGUCCGCGUUCCUGCAAGUCCGCGCACGCGCUCUGACCUCCGCACCCUCCCAGGCUGUCUUGCCUCUCGUCCACCUGCUGCAUGCGUGCUCCUUCAAGUCUGCAGAGCACGUUCUGCGUGCAAGAAAAGGCUGGAGCACUUCUCUCCUGCACGUCCCGGACAGUCACACCACUGUUUCUUUCCUCGCUGUGCCUGGGCCCCAUCUAGACGAUAACACGGAGCCUCUGCUCGCGCUGGACCCUCCUCAUGCCCCGGCACUUCCAGGGGAAUCACUGCUCAUUCCAGACGACAUCCUGGAUGCCUACAGCUCGCCCUCGACACCCCCGGUGCGGCAUCUACGGUGCACAAGCUCGACGCGCCCUCGCACAAAACAGGCGCAUGCCGCUCCCUCCCUUGUGCAGCUCAUCAAUAAGCAACUCGCCAACGGAUACGCCGUCUGCAGCCGGGACAGGCCUGGGCAACGUGCGUCCGCGUCCGCGGAAUGCUCCGCGCGGGAAAACGACGGGAUUGCGCGAACAACAGAGAAGAGGCCGGGUCCGCAUGCGUGGUACGCGGUGAACACCCCGCACGGUCUUCGAUUUGUACCUCUCGUGUAUGCCCGCAACGCCGCCGUGCAUUCCGUCGCGGACGACGAGGACGAUGGGCUCGCCACAGAGCACCUGCUCGUCCACCUCCUUGCCAGUCUCCACCACGGCUGCUCUGGGGCCACCGCACCGCCUACUUCCUCGCCCUCCUCACAACACAACCACCUCGUUGGCAGCACCCUCGGCCUCGACGACGUAUCCGCUGUCGACAUCCCGCCCCGCGCUGUCCCAACUCACAUAAGCGCCCAUCUUGCGCCCUCUUGGGCAGCUCCUCAACGGCUCGCAGCCGGAACGUGCCUGCGCAUCGUACAAGACGCGACGCGGCAUCUGCGCCGUGCUCCAUGUCGGAAGACGAAGGCGCCCGAAGCUUCCUCCCUUGGGCAGCUCUCCAGCCGUGCGACGACGGCGUUUGGAGCCGCAACUCUUAUGCGCAUCACGCAGGACUCGACUCCGCGCCCCGCGACGCGCCACGAGCGGGAAGAACACGCAAGUACUGGCCUCGCGCGCAACGUCCCUGGAUCGACUGAGUGCCCUCACGUCUGCAGGAUUCCGAAAGAACGAGGUCGAUACGUGCAUCCGUUCGCAAACGCGCAUCCGGGGCUCGGCAUGGUGUCCACCGCCGACUCGCGAUCUGCGCUGCUGGCAUGGACUGCUGCGACGCUCGACGACACAGACCUGUCAUGGGACGGCCUGACCGACUUCGAUGUCCCGGAGGCCUACGACGCGCUCGGCGCCGAAUUCGGCUGUAUGGCCAUUUCCGAGAGUUUGACUCUCCCUCACACGCAGAGCGGCAAUGCAGCAGCGCCCCUGGACGCCUACGAAGCACUUGAGCUCCGAACUUGA